UUGUCAAAUGUCAAAGCUGACAAAUAAUUCGUUUUGGUGUCGUUAACUUAUCUUUAUUAUUAUUUACUGCAAUAAACGUAUUUUUAUUUUCUUUUCCAACAUUUUCAAGCAUACAGCUAAAAUAUUUUACUAAAAAAGUAUGUUGCGCACCAAAAUUCAUAUAGCCAUAAGUGCUAUAGGUGCAAUAUUAGGAUUGUCAGCGUUUAUAUGUUUUUGCAUUGUUUAUGCAAACAUUGAAGCUGGGAUGUGGGCGUUAUUGUCCGGCAUACAUGCAUCAUUGACUUUCAUGCUACAUUGCCACUAUUUGAAAGAGUCCUUACAUGUCAACUUUUCCAGAAAGGCUCUCCAGUAUCUAGGAGAUUUUGGCAUGGUCGGUUUUGUCUCUGGAACUGCUCUCACACUGUUUUAUUUGUUUUUAGAAAUAUACUAUAAAGCUGAUAUUCUACCAAUACAAACAAGCAUAAUCAUCCGCAUGAUAUGGUCCUUCAUGAUGCUUAAAUGGGGUCUCUUGUUAUACAUAUUUACAAAAAAAUACCUACGCACCUAUAAUGAUCACCAGCUAUUCUCUGAAAACCCAAACAUUGAAGAAACAUAAUUAAAACAAAUUUGAAUAUUUUGUUUGAAUAAUCAUUUUGAUAUAGUUAAGUAGUUACAUAAGUGAUUUAUAUACUACUAUUAUUGUAUGAUAUAUUAUUUACAGCAACUUUAAUGUAUCCUCAAAUAAAAUCAGAGAGAGUCUAUCUUUAAUAUACAAUGAAAUUGGUGUAAAUAUACAUAGUUUAUAUAUCUUAUUACAUUGCAAAUUUUCUUUGAUAUGUUUGAUUAAAUUAUAUUUUGAAUAAAGAAUAGAUAAAAUACUGGCAACACUCAUUAUAAUCAUAUAAAUGCAUCAUAUCUUACAAUAUAUUUUUAGUACUAUUAAAUACUUCUUUUUUUUUUAAAUAAUUAAUAAUGACUUGAAAAUUUUCUUAUGUUAUUUCUUAUAUGAUUGUAAUUCUUUUGUAAUGAUUAAUAUUUAAUUUAAAUAUCUCUGCUAUAAUCUUUACUCAUUUCAACUACUUUUAUUAAUUUUAAAUAUUAAUAAGUAGUUUCUUUAUUUCAUGUAUUACUAUGCCUUUGGUUUAAUUUUGCUUGUAAAUGCUUAUAUUAGUAUAAAACUUUGUGAUAUAUUUUUUUUUUAUAUAUGUUAUUCAUAUAAAAUUGACUGAAAUUGAAAAUAUCUGUAGCUGUAUUAAAAAUGCUUUACCCUAGUUGUUUUUUUAAAUUGUAAGUAGUGUUUUAGAAUUCUUUUUUUGUUACACAAUUAAAGUUUGCAGUAGUUUUAUUUUGCAUUUACUUUCAAAAUUGUGUUACCAUAAUUCGGUUUUGAUGAAAUCUUUAUGAACAAAAACCAGGGUAUGACUUAAGGCAUUAUUUAUGUUAAGUAGUUAGUGGUGAUAGUAAAUUUCUCAAGCUGUAAUGUUUUAUAAUUAGUA